AUGACAACAAAAGAGAUAUUAGAUCAUAAAGUAUAUAAUAGAGAUGAACUAGUGAAAAUGAAAAGACCAGAGUUGGUCGAAAUAAUGAAAGCUUACUCAUUAAAGCAUAGUGGUUUAAAGAAAGAUUUGCUUGUCAGUGCGAUCAUUAAUCAUCAAGAACACCUCGCAGAUUUGAAAUCAAAGUUAAUUACAGACAACUCAAUCGAAAAGUAUCAUCGUGGAACUGUUCAAUAUCGAUUGCCAACAUUGAUCAUCUAUCGAAUCAUUCGUGAUCUGUGGCAUGACGAUAUCACUGUAAUUCUGAACACAGACCAGCUCCGUUCAAAUUACCGAUGGCUGCUCUCUAUUGCUUUGGUUUCGAAAGAGUUAUUCAAGUUGAUAUCAUCGUUGUUCACUCGCGUCGAUCUUUGCAAAAGGAAUACCUCGGCUUUCGAUCCAUUAUAUUGUGCUGGACAGCUACUCAAGGACAAUGUUAUCAAUCCACUCUCAGUACUCAAGAAUAUCAGUCAUCUAACAAUGUCAAUGGUAACCUUCAAAGAUCUAACAGACAAGACGACAACGUGUACCUCCAUUGAAUUGGGACUGAUCUUCAACAGUGUAAGGAAGUUAAAGAUAAUCUACGCCAGAGAGAAAUCAUUGCUAAUGCAACAUUAUCGACAACAUCAAGGCAUUGCUCAUGCUGCAACAAUUGACACGACUGACAUCGCUCGACAUUUCCCAUUGGGACAUGACAAUAUCAAUUUCAUUAAGAGUCAACUCAACUCGAUCACCAAACUCAUUGUUUGGAAUGUUCAAUGGGGUAUAGGUCUGGCAAUGUCGAGGCUGUUGUGUUCACCUGAAUGCAAGGUUCGUAUACUCUAUGCCAUUAACAGUGGCAAUUGGGUCAGUGAUACGCUCGCAACCAAUCGGACCAUCGAAACACUGGAUAUCGGUGAUGAUCUAGCGACCACUUUGAAGGUGGCAGCGAAAUCACCAUCGAUCAAACAGAUCAUCCUUCACAACUAUAAUAACAAUCACAGCGCGUACACAAAGCAAGAUCACUUUAGAGCCAGUGGAUUUGUCGUCGAACACACUUGGGAUAGUGACUCUGACUCUGACGGUAGUUUAUAUUUCAGUGACUCUGAUGACUCUAACUUCUAUCUCUAUGACUCUGAUGAUGAUUACGAUGACUCUGAUGAUGAUGAUUACUAUGGUGGUCCACCUCCUGGAUCAUGCAGAAUAAUAUAA